AUGUCUAGGUCAUCUCAAAAGUCGGUGGAGGUAAAUACCCCUAUUAAGAAACAACGAUCAAUCUUAGAAUAUACUAAAGCUUCCAGUACUCUGAUAGAAAGAAUCGAUACUAUAGUUGAUCUCACAUCUGAAGGUGAAGACAUAGUCAUAAAAGAUGAGAAGAUACGUCUAAAGUUUGAAGAAUAUGUUGAUGAAACUGUGCUAUGUCCCAUAUGUUCUGCAAAUCUAUCCAUAUUCACUAUAGACGCGAGAUCAGUACAUGUUGAAUCAUGUCUUACACGCGUAGAUACGAUUAUAGAUCCAUCACCAUCUCAAAUUGAAACUAUCAAGGUUAACAAUAAUAAGAAAAGAAAAGUUAAAAAGGAAGAACUGAUAAUAGAUAAAGAAAAAACACGUUAUGUCAAUUCAAUAUCGAAACCCAAACUUGAACCAGGUCAAGAAAAAGUCAUAAAACCACCAACUACCAUACCAACUUCAAAAGCAAAGAAAACUAUUCCUAUACUAAAGAGGAUGAGAUUCCCUAUUGACAAUGAUAACAAAUUCUAUGAAGUUUCAGUUGAUGCAUUCAACUUUUCUCCUGAUGAUAUCAUAGAUAAAUACUUCUUAACCCAUUUCCAUUCUGAUCAUUAUGGUGGUAUAUCAAAAAAAUGGAGUUAUGAAAGAGUAUUUAAAGAUAAUACUGAUUAUGAUGAUGAUUCCAAAUACAGAAAAAUCAUUUAUUGUACUCCUAUAACAUCAAAAUUAUUGACAUUGUAUUUUAGUAUAGAUCAAAGAUUUAUUCAAGAACUAGAAAUAGAUAAACGAUAUUUAAUCCAUUCAUUCGUUAAAGAUAUUCAUGUGGGAGGUUAUGAAUCUAAUGAUGUUAGUCCUGGUAUCUACGUUACUCCCAUAACAGCCAACCAUUGUCCAGGAGCUGCCAUAUUCCUAUUUGAAUCUAUAUCACUAACGGAUAAAUAUUAUAGAAUUUUACAUUGUGGGGAUUUCCGUGUAAAUAUGGAUAUUCUAGAUCAUCCUAUUUUGAAACCAUAUAGUAUUAAUGGUGAUCUCACCUUAGAUAGAGUUUAUCUUGACACCACUUAUAUGUCACCAAAGUAUAAUUUCCCUAAGCAAGAAUUAGUAUGUGAAACAGUGGCCGAUUUAUUUCAUAGUUUAAUUCAUCAAGAUGAUUCAUCAUGGUUUGGAACGCUUAAACAAUCUCGAAUUACUGAUUUUUUAAAGGCCAGUAUUAAGACUAAGAAGAAGAAAUAUUUGAUUUUAGUAGGAACAUAUGUGAUAGGGAAGGAGAAAUUAGCUAUUGCCAUUCUGAAACGAUUGAAUUGUCAAAUAUAUGCUCUGAAUAUCAAUAGUCGAGAGAAUAAAUCAGCCGUGUUGAGAACAUACGAGGAUGAUUAUUUAAAUCUGGUAUUACUGGAUCAUGAUUUAGGUUCCAUCGAUAAUGAGUCCGAAUGUAUGAUUCAUUUAGUUCCUAUGAGAAUUGUGGGAUCUAUAAGUGAAUUAACCAAUUAUUUCAAUCAUAAUCAUUAUUUUGAAUCAUUUGAACGAUGUGUUGGAUUAAGACCUACGGGUUGGAGUUUCCUGUCAAUGUAUACUUCGAAUAAUCUUUCAUUAUAUGAUAAUUUAGAAGAAGAAGUUCCCGAAGAUGGAGUAAUCGAUAUCGAUCCUAAUUGUAAUAACUUAUCCCAAUUAAUGGAAGUUAUGCAAACUUGUCCUUCAUUUUCAUAUUUAGAUGAUAUAUUACCUCAAGUUUCAAAUCUGAUUAAAAAGGGUAAACCUGAUGAAUCAUUAUAUCGAAUUUAUUCAGUACCAUAUAGUGAACAUUCAUCAUAUCGUGAAUUGGCCUAUUUUUCAAUAUUCUUUAAUAUUGAUAAGCUUAUCCCCACUGUGAAUGUUCAUAGUAAUGAAUCGAUUAAAUUAAUGGAGAAUAUAUUUAAAAUCUGGGAAUCGGCUAGAAAGAUAAAAUUACAAGAUAAGGAAGUUGGUGAGCCAAUUAUUGAUGAUUCUAGAUUACUUGAAUCAUUUGGGAAUCUAUCAUUGAAUGACUUUUAA